AUGGCGUCUAUUGAGAAGAAUAUGGCAAAUUAUACAGUUGAAUUCCUAGACAAGGAUCAAAGGCUUCACAUUGUGCUGCCUCCAGGCAACUGCUUCGAAGAGGGCACCGACAGUGCUUGGGCUGCUUACCAGGAACUGGAAAAAGCAAUGGAGAAGACGAAGCUUUCGACUUUUUUCCAGGAAGACAGCGUCAUGGGCUUGAAGAACUCGGCAGAAAUAUUUAAAACGAUUGUUGAGUGUCAGGAAGUGGAAAGGGCGGACAAGGAAGCUCAGGAGGACAGGAUCAAAUCAUUACAAAGGCGCAAGGCAAGAUAUGAGAAUAGCCUGGGGGAAAUCGGUGAAUCUUCACGGAGCUCAGGUUGA